CAGAUGUGCGCUCCCAGGAUAGGCUGCCCCGGAGAGGGAGAGGCGGGACCGACUUUGUCACGUGGACCCGCUCCAGCCGCCGCCGCCGCCGCCUUGGUCUUUCUCUGUCUCUGCUGAGGCAGCCAUCUUGCUCUUGCCGCGUGCUGCUGUUGGAGGACCCUCCCUGCUUCAGACGAAGUCUCGCUCUGAUGCCCAGGCUGGAGUGCAGUGGCAGGAUCUCGGCUCACUGCAAUCUCUGCCUCCCAGGUUCAAGCAAUUCUCCUGCCUCAGCCUCCCUAAUUUACCAACAGCAUGAAUCAAGAAAAGUUAGCCAAACUUCAGGCUCAGGUCCGGAUAGGGGGCAAGGUGUGGCUCCAGGCUCAAGGAGAAUAUUCUACCCAUAUCUUGCCCAAUACAAUCUUUGCAAAAAGGAAAGAAAGAACAGUUCUUACCUCAGACCUGAGGAAGUGGGUACAGCUCGCAGAAAGAAGAAGGUAGUACAUAGAACAGCUACAGCUGAUGACAAAAAGCUUCAGAGUUCUCUGAAAAAACUGGCUGUGAAUAAUAUAGCUGGUAUUGAAGAGGUGAACAUGAUUAAAGAUGAUGGGACAGUUAUUCAUUUCAACAAUCCCAAAGUCCAAGCUUCCCUUUCUGCUAACACCUUUGCAAUUACUGGUCAUGCAGAAGCCAAACCAAUCACAGAAAUGCUUCCUGGAAUAUUAAGUCAGCUUGGUGCUGACAGCUUAACAAGCCUUAGGAAGUUAGCUGAACAGUUCCCACGGCAAGUCUUAGACAGUAAAGCACCAAAACCAGAAGACAUUGAUGAGGAGGAUGAUGAUGUUCCAGAUCUUGUAGAAAAUUUUGAUGAGGCAUCAAAGAAUGAAGCUAACUAAAAUUUUGGUUUUUGGAAGCUGGCAUGGACUAGAUUUAACAAAUAAGCUAUGUGGUUCCAAAGUUUUACAGACACGGAGAACAUCACCUGUUACUAGUUACUAGUUCAGUAAUAUAAAUAUUUUGUAUAUUAAUAAUGCUGUUUGUUCAGCAUUUUUUGGUCAUUUGAUUUUGCAUUUUGCACUUCCUCCCAGGAUAUUUUUUUUGGUCAAAAUAUGAAGUAUUGGUGCAGUUUGGGGGUGUUUUGGUUUUUGAUUCCUGUUAUUUUUUGUUUGGGGUAUUUUUGGUGUAUGUAUGUUUAUGUAUGUGUGUGAGUAUGUGUGUAUACAGUGGAGAGCAAAUUGGAAAGCAGUUCUAUUUAUCCUACUCCCUCCCCAGCAGAAAUAAAAAAAAUCUUUACA